AUGAAAAAAUUUAAAGUUGUAAUUUUGUUUAUAUGGGCGUUGUUUGCCUCCUGUACCCAGGUAGAUUUCAAAGUUGUGGCAACAGCAUCAUCUCCUACAAAAAGAGAAAUAAAAGCUAAAUUGAAGCUCCUCAACAAGCCUUCCGUAAAAACCAUCAAGAGUGAAGAUGGAGAUAUAAUUGACUGUGUCGACAUAUAUAAACAAUCUGCUUUUGACCAUCCUGCACUAAAAGACCACAAAUUACAGAAAAUUCCCGAUUUUCUUAUAGAAUCCAAGAACUCAAGCAAUUUGCAAACAAAGUCCAUUGUGUUCCAAACAUGGCAGAAAAAUGGAAGUUGUCCAGAAGGAACAAUUCCCAUUCGCAGGAUUCGAACGGAGGAUUUAUCAAGGGCAGCUUCCCUGAAUCUUUUCGGACGAAAACCCAUAAUGCAUUUCAUGAAAUCAACAAACAACACAAACUCUAAUUACCCCAUAGUCAAUGGCUCAUUUGCAUAUGUUCCAGAAAACCGCACGAAAGCAUUUCUUGUGACAGUGGGAUACAGUUAUAUUGGUGCAGAAGCUGAAAUUAACGUUUGGAAUCCAAGGGUUGAUCUUCCAGAUGAUUUCACCACUGCUCAAAUUUGGCUUAAGACUGGAAAUGGUCCUCAAUAUUUUGAAAGCAUUGAAUCAGGCUGGCAGGUAAAUCCAAAGUUGUAUGGUGACAGGUCCACUCGAUUUUUUGCUCAUUGGACUACAGAUUCAUACAAGUCAACAGGUUGUUUUGAUGUUGUUUGUCCUGGGUUUGUGCAAGUAGGCCAAGUAGUUCUUGGAGGUGCAAUAACACCUAUUUCAUACUCAUACCACACACAAAAAGAAAUCCCCGUUGGAAUGUAUUGGGAUAACUCAGGGAAUUGGUGGCUUAAAGUGAACAAUCAUAUUGUAGGUUAUUGGCCUGCAAAAUUAUUAAGUGGGUUGAGUCGCAGUGCCAAAUCAGUUGAGUGGGGAGGACAAGUGUACAGUCCAAUGUUGAAGAAAAAUACACCUCACACGAGGACAGCUAUGGGAAGUGGAGAGGCUGCAGAUGGUCGUUGGGGGAACGCAUGCUACAUGCGCAAUCUAAGAAUUAAAGAUUACUCCCGAAAUCUUAAGUACCCUGAAUAUGUAAGCACAAGGGCUGAAGAACCAUAUUGCUACAAUGUCAUCAAUGAGGCCAAAUAUGGGCAGGAACCUAUCCUCUACUUUGGAGGGCCCGGAUUUAAACCUCCCUAUUGCCCUUGA